AUGUCUUCAUAUGAGAAGGUCGUGCAGCCCGAGGCGUACCCGUUGAAGAGGACUGCUCAUUGUCCGAAUAAUGAUCUUCCAGUCCUCAUAUAUCGUGAUGUUCUCCAGUCACUUAACGAGGAGAGCGCAUCAGAAAGACUUCAGCGCGUCUUUCAAGGCAGCUCCGAGCUAGUCUUUGGCGAAGGGGUCUCGGAUGACGUUGGCAGCGGAGUACGAUGUAUAGUGCGAGCCGGCGAUGUCGUCGUCGUCCCAGCAGGCGUAGGGCAUGCCUCUGUCUCAAAGGCGGAGGGAGCAGCAGAUCCUGUUGAGGGAGAGCCCGAGUAUCGAUAUGUUGGAGUGUAUCCCAAAGGUUCACCUCAUUAUAAAUACGAAAUCGGCAAGAAGAAGUUGGAGGAGAAGAGCGGGCUGAUAGAAGAGGUUUCCGCUGUUCCCGUACCGCCCAAUGAUCCCUUCAACGGCUAUGAGUCUCAAGCCCUGAAGCAGGCUUUGCGAACCUCUGGAUACCCAACGCGGCGGGCAUUCAUCGAGAAGCUCGACAUCUGUGGUUCAACCUAA